AUGGAAACCUUGGAACCACUCAUAGAAUCGCCUGCGCGGCUAGGCCUCCUAGUUUUGCUCUUUGCGACGCUCCUUUAUAAUGUCUACGAGACCGUAUACCGUAGAUAUCCAUGCCCGCUUCCGCCGUCUCCUCCGGCCGAGCCGGUGAUCGGACACUUUAGGAGCUUGCCGAUGGAAAAUGCUCACUUUAAGCAUAUGGAGUAUGCUAAGCAGUACAAUACGGAUGUCGUUUACUUCAACGUACUGGGCAACCACAUGAUUGUCCUCAAUACCCAGCAGGCCACAAAUGAACUUCUUGAUAAACGAGGAGCGAACUAUCAAGAUCGUCCUAGAUUCGUUCUAUUUGAUAUUAUGGGAUGGGGUCUUACCUUGACUUUUCUACCCUAUGGCGCUAGGUUCCGCUUACACCGUUCGGUUUUACAAACCGGGUUCACCAAGACAGCGAUCGCAGCCUACAGGCCAAUUCAGGAAGACGAAGCUCGGCAAGCAGUCUACAGAAUCCUCAAAUGCCCAGAAAAUUGGGACUUUUCGGUGCGGCGUUUUGCCUCUGCGAUUGUUUUGAGGAUUGGGUUUGGUGUCACUGUGAAAUCAGAUGACGAUCCAUACAUCAAGAUCGCGAAAGAUGCCAACAUGGCUACUGGAGGUGGGGGGAACCCGGGGACCGCGCUUGUUGACUAUUUUCCGCUAUUCCGAUACGUUCCGGAGUUUCUGAAUUUUUCAAGGAGUCUACAACAUGCUCGAAAGUGGGGAUGGGCGAUCAAGAAUCUCCACGAUAUACCAUUCGCAGCGGUUAAGAAAGAGUUUGACGAGGGGACGGCCAACCCCUCAUUCGCCUACUCGCUUUUGACGAAACACAAAUAUAACAAGGACGAAGGAAUCCCCGAUCAACUCACACUUCAGGAUAUUCAAGGUGCCUCUGGCGCUGUUUUUAUCGCAGGUUCUAACACGACCUUCGCUACGACGACAGUUGCCAUCUUGAAUAUGAUGCUCAACCCUGAAGUGUUUGAGAAAGCAAGAGCUGAGAUUGAUAGGGUGGUCGGAACGGAUAGACUACCUACACUUGAUGAUCGGCCGAACUUGCGCUACAUCGACUACCUCGUCGAAGAGACCUCAAGAUGGAGACCGCUAUCACCUAUCGGGAUACCACACAAAUCUCUAGAUGAUGAUAUUUACAACGGGAUGUUCAUUCCCAAAGGGACACUGGUGUAUUACAAUACCUUCGCCAUGUCUAGAGACCCAAAAGUUUAUAAGAACCCUGAGAAAUUCAACCCUGAUAGGUAUACACCAAAGGAAAAUGGAGGGGACGGCGAACCUCUACUAAGUGGGCCUUUCGGUUUUGGCCGCAGAAAGGGUUUGUGUCGGGCGGCAUCUAGCACAAGCAUCUGUUUGGAUUAUGAUGGCGACCCUUAUAGCUACGACGGACAUAUCGAAGCCUAUUGGACCAGAUGGGAAACCAAUUGA